AUGGCACCUGACCCAAAGCUCUCCCUUGACGAACGUAUCCCUUGGAGCGAGCCAGCAUGGGUCCGCACCCUCUCUUCUCCAUACUACAAUGACACCCACCGGCAGCUCCGGGAAAAUGUCCGUGCUUACGUCGACAAAGAGAUCCUCCCGCAUGCACUCGAGUGGGAGGCCAAGGGCACCGUCCCGCUCGAGGCUGCCAUCAAAUUCUCCAAGUCGGGUAUUCCCUUUGAGAACGUGCCAGCCCAGUAUCGUCCCUCGUACGUUCCCCAGCUGGCAGGUAUCCCUCAGGACAAGCAGGACGCCUUCCACGCUCUCAUCAUGACCGACGAGAUGAGCCGUGUCGAGGGCGGCGUGGGCAUCGCGCUGGGCGGGGCAUCCGCCAUCGGCGCGCCGCCCAUCGUCCACUACGGCACCGAACAGCAGAAGAGGCAGUGGCUCCCUGGGCUCUUCUCGCGCGAGACCAAUUUCUGUCUGGGAAUAACGGAGCCCGGCGGCGGAUCCGACGUGGCCAACAUCGCCACCACGGCGACCAAGACGGCCGACGGUAAGUUUUACGUCGUCAAUGGUGCCAAGAAGUGGAUCACCGGAGCGCCCUGGGCAACACAUAUGACGACUGCAGUGCGGACAGGUGGCCCGGGACUCAGGGGUAUCUCCGUGCUUGUCAUUUCCUUGGAAACUCCGGGUGUGAGCCGUGAAAAGAUUGAGAAUAGCGGGCAGAAUGCCGGUGGUGCCUCGUUUGUCGACCUAGAAGACGUCCGUGUGCCAGUAGAGAACCUCAUCGGCCUCGAGAACCAGGGAUUCCCCGUUAUCAUGAAGAACUUCAACAAGGAGCGCUACAUCCUGGCCGUGGGGUGCAACCGCAAAAGCCGCACCUGUCUCGCCAUGGCCUUUGCCUAUUCCCUGCGGCGCGAGACGUUUGGAAAGAAGCUCAUCGAGAGCCAGGUAAUCCGGCGCAAGCUGACGGAAAUGGCCCACCGCGUCGAGGCUCACUGGGCCUGGCUUGAGCAGCUUGCCUACCAUGUCAGCACGUCGCCUGAAGGGUGGCAGAGCCCCGAUAUCGCCAGCCGUAUCGCCCUUCUCAAGAUCCAGGGCGGUCAGAUUCUCGAGUUAGCCGCCCGGGAGGCCCAACAGGUAUUUGGUGGUGCAGGAUAUCAAAAGGGCGGGCCGGGAGCCACUGUCGAGCAGAUUUCGAGAGAUCUGCGGAUGAGUGUGGUGGGCGGUGGAAGCGAGGAGAUCAUUUCCGAUCUAGCGGUUCGGCAGGAAUUGGGGUCGAUGGCCAAAGGAAAGCUAUGA